AUAUAUAUAUUUUUUUUAUGCGCAAAAAGCAGGAAAUUUCUUAGACUAAAGUCAUGUCGCUGGUCUAUAUAACACAUCACAAUGAGAAUAUUAUGGACAUGGAGCGCGCUCCCGAGAAGCCGCCGGAAGGGGAGCCAGUAGUCCAUGAAACAUCCGCUAAGGCAGCUAUUGUGGCCAAGGAGCGACGCGAUCGUCUGAAUAUGGAGCACAAGAAGCAUGCCGUUAUCAUGCUCAAGGGAGGCGUCCGUCUGCUCACCGAUGCCAAGAAGGCACAUCAUCGCACCAUGGGCUGUGCCAAUGUGCCGCUCGAUCCGCCGUGCGCCUUCUUGCGCAAGAAUCAGGGCAUCAAGUGGCGUCGCGAGAAUCUGCAUGUCUGCCCCAAGGGCGGCAACAUGCCACCCCUGCCGCCGAUGGGCAAGAAGAUUAAGAAGCCGGACAUGGUGCCCAAUUUUGUGAAGCGUAAUAUGACUUGUGCCGCUAACACCGUGCGCUGUCCGCCACCGCCACGCUAUGUGGACACGCCCACUGGCACUCGCCAGAAUUUAUUGAAUUCGGGCAUGGUGCCGCAGUAUGUUUGCCGCAAGGACUUUGGCAAGGUGCCCGUUUACAUACAGAAGACCAAGGAGAUGCUCAAGGAUGCACACCUUGUCUGCUGCAAGGAGCGAGCUCGUCUCAUGGAGUUGUGUGGCGGUGUCAAGCCAUCGGAUUCAAUGGCCGCCCUGACUCAGCCAGUGCGCACCGAUGGUGCCCCACCUGAGAUGCCCGGCAUGCGCAUCAUGGACCAGGAGGAGCGCAAUGAAAUACUUGACGGUCUGCGCGCCCAUCUGAAUGAGAUGACCAAGACAUAUCAGUCGAUGCCCUUGCUGAUCGACAGCGAGAACAAACGCCAGCGCAAGGGCAAGCUGGAGUGCGACUUGCGCCAGCUCGAGCAGGACAUGCUGCUGCUGGAGACCAGUCCCAUUAUCUAUGUUUCACUGUAUUAAGUUACGUUGCCUAAUUACGCUAACGAGCACUUAUAAUCUAAGUUCGAAUAAAAAUUUAACAGGUACAUUUUAAGUUUCAAGCCCAUAUCAAAGCAGCCAAGUUUCAACUAGCUGAAUUACAAACAGAAAACUCUAGUUGAAGCUUGCGGCAUUGAUUUGGUGUUGAAAUUUAGAAGGCACUGUUCAAGUUUAUGCAUCCAAUAA